GGUUAUGAUCUUUCGAUUCGCUGUCUAGGUCGAAAUAGUUACUUACCUCUCCAGAACGUCUUUUCCUCUCCAGUUCUUUCGCAGUUCGCACGCUCAAAUUAUGCGUCGACACGCAAAAAUUUGCUUUUGAAUGAGAACACAAAAGUCAUUUGCCAGGGCUUUACAGGCAAGCAGGGGACUUUUCAUUCUCAGCAGACCUUGGCAUAUGGCACCAAGCUAGUGGGAGGAGUCUCUCCUGGAAAAGGUGGUAAAACUCAUUUAGAUCUUCCAGUCUUUAAUACUGUUGGCGAGGCAAGGGAGGCAACGGGCGCCAACGCCACAGUCAUCUUUGUUCCACCCCAAUUCGCCGCAAGGGCAAUUGAUGAAGCAAUGGAAGCCGAAAUGCCUCUCAUCGUUUGUAUUACCGAGGGGAUUCCUCAGCACGACAUGAUCCGCGUUAAGCAUCGCCUUGUUCGUCAGUCUAAGUCUCGCUUGUUAGGACCUAAUUGUCCUGGAAUAAUCAAGCCAGGUGUUUGCAAGAUCGGUAUCAUGCCUGGUAACAGUCACGCUCCAGGUCAUGUAGGCAUUGUGUCAAGAUCUGGCACUUUGACAUAUGAAGCUGUGCAUCAGACGACUGUGAAUUCAAGGUUUUUCUUGUAG